GACCUGAUCUGCUGUUUCUUGCCAGCCUGCUCUCUCUCCCUGCCCCCUAAUUCUCCAGCAGUCUGUCUUGGGUUGAAUCGGGGCUAGGGAAGGGUCACAGGGUAUUUGUGGUAUUAGAGCUAGAAGUCUGUUAAUUUAGGAAUCCAGAGUUUGGGGACCUCAUAGAAUUAGGAAAAUUCUUAUAGGGAGCCCUUUGCUAGAGCGGGGGUGAGAGUGGUAGGACUUGACCCCACUGAGCUGGCCAGGCUAUAACUAAGGAGGAGGCUCAGUGGGAGGGGGUAGGAAUGGGAGGGCUCUGUCUGGCCUAGCCCCUCCUCUUCUUGCCUGCCCAGAGGGCCCACCCACCAGUCUGAGCUGUUGCUGCUGAGGCUGGUCUGCCUGAAGUCUCCCUGGAGAGAGGGGAAGCCAGCCCACAGAGUCUGGAAUCAAAGAGAAUCAUGGGGUCCAGGGCUGAGCUGUGCAUACUCUUUGGCGGACUUUCAUUCCUCCUGCUACUGAUGUCAGGCGAGGGGGCCAAGGGUGGUUCCCUCAAAGAGAGUCAAGGGGUCUGCUCCCAGCAGACGCUGGUGGUCCCACUUCGCUACAACGAGUCCUACAGUCAACCGGUAUACAAGCCCUACUUGACCCUGUGUGCUGGAAGGCGCAUCUGUAGCACAUACAGGACCACGUAUCGCGUGGCGUGGAGGGAGGUGAAACGAGAAGUACAGCAGACCCAUGCCAUAUGUUGCCAGGGCUGGAAGAAGAGACAUCCAGGAGCGCUCACCUGUGAAGCCAUUUGCGCCAAGCCUUGCCUGAACAGAGGCGUCUGCGUUGGGCCGGACAAGUGCGAGUGCGCCCCCGGCUGGGGGGGAAAGCACUGUCACGUGGACGUGGAUGAAUGUAGGACCAGCGUCACGCUCUGUUCGCACCGUUGUUUCAAUACCGCGGGCAGCUUCACUUGCGGCUGCCCUCUUGGCCUGGUGCUGGGUCCCGACGGGCGCGCCUGCGCAGAGGGGUCUCCAGAACCCCCAACCAGUGCCAGCAUCCUGAGCGUGGAGGUUCGGGAAGCGGAACAUGAUGAGCGCACCCUGAGGCGGGAGAUUCGCGAGCUGCGAGGGCGCCUGGAGCGGCUGGAGCAGUGGGCCGCUCAGGCUGGAGCCUGGGUCCGAGCUGUGCUGCCCAUGCCACCAGAAGAGCUACGGGCAGAACAGGUGGCUGAGCUAUGGGGUCGGGGUGACAGGAUCGAAUCUCUCAGUGACCAGGUGCUGCUACUGGAGGAGAAGCUGGGCACCUGUGAGUCUUCCUGCUCCUCCCCACCCAAACCCCUAUCCCAACUGCCCUAGCUCUUCCAGAGAUCUUCGCAGUUCUGCAUUUCCUUAUUCCAGAAACCCCUCCUCAAAGUUCACUCUCUCCAUACCCUCGGGGGAUAUCUCCAUUUCCCUUCUCAUCUGGGACCAUGCCCGAGUCUGAGUGAGAGAAGCAGUGUGGCCCCCUCAGGCUGGGGCAGUCUCCAUACACUACAGCCCCCAUGUCCCACUAUCUCCUUGUCAUUAACCAGGCUCCUGUGAGGACAACAGCCUGGGCCCAGGACUGAAUUGAUGAGGAACUUCUGCAGCACCCAUCCCCUAAUUUAUAGAAACUGAACCCACUAAUCCUUUGGGGUUGGCCAAUUGGGAGUAGCAAAUAAGACUAUCUGCCACUGAGGAGCUAUGAUCCUGGAAACUCUGGAGGGCUGAAGAAUGGGGAAAGGUGGGCUGUCUUAGCCUGUCCAUUUCUGGCGGCAGCUUGUCUGGACAAAGCCUGGUCUUCAAAUCCCUAACAAACAUGGCAAGAAAGCACCCAGAUCUCUCUCUCUCUCUCUCUCUCUUUAUUUUCAGUUGCUUGCUGUUAUCCAGAUAAUAAAAAUCAACCAUGAAAAACUGUUGCCACCCUCUCCUUUUGCUCCCAGCCCACCUCCUGGGCUGAGGAAACAGGUCUGGAGUGGGAGGCAGGAGUGGCCGAUGCCACCAGGAGGAAAUGAAAACUGGCUCAGAGAGGGGGAAGCCUCAAAAGAAAGAGAAAUAAAUUAAACAACCUCCUCUCCUCUCUGGCCAGGGUCCAGUUCCUUUCCCCAGCUCCCCAGGGAGCAGUGAGUGCAGUGCCUGGUAUCUGCCUCUUUCCCCUGUGUUUGGUUGGGAUGGUACAGGGGGACUAUAGGAGAUUGGGUGGGGUCAGGACUACUGAAGGACUGUACCCUGGGGACAGGGGGAAGCAGAAAUGUGGAGACCAAACCGGCAUUGAGGAGUGUGCUCAACCCUGGGCAUCUGGGCAAGGGAGGGAUGAGACCUCUGAGUUAGAAGAGUCCAGCCCCUACUGAUGGGGACUCCACAGGGAGGGAGGAUGAAGGUGCUGGGGCAGAUUCCCAGGAUGAGUCCCGGAGGAGUGUUCCAGGUAUCGGCUUCCAGCCAGAGUGAGGAGUCAUCCUCACAAAUGGAUCAGUCUACUGAACCCAUGGACUUGGGCAUGGGGGAUGAAUUGUUCCACAGACAGGAUGAGUCCACUGGCCAAUGUGGAAUGGAGAGGGAGAGAAGACUGUGAAGGAAGAGAGUCCACUGGGGAUGGGAUGGGAUGGGAUGGGAUGGAAUAUCCCCCACCCUUGUGUAUGAUGAGCCGCUCAAGAUGAAGGGGAGGCAACUAUCUCACAGACAAGAUGGCAGGAAGUGAGGAUCAGAGUGCAGACUCUACCUAGACAGGAGAGUCCCUGGGUGGGGCCAGGAAGGGAUAGGGAGUGACGUUGUACGCACAUUCACAUCAGAAUUUGAAGAUUCUGAAGAGAAUAAGUGGGGAGAAAGGAAAUGAGUAAGAGUGGCCCUGCUAAAGGGCCAAUGGGUUGGUAGGUGUGGGGUGCAAGAUGGGGACAAAUGGGAGGGGAGCUCAUAGACGGGCCUCGCCCACUCCCCCUGGCUUCUUCAGAUAGUCACCACCACCCCGGCCAUCAGUAGAGAUUUCCCGGAAAAUGGUGAGCAUGGAGUGCCGGACUCUGUCAGCCAGAGCAGGGACGUCAUCUGGUGUCAGCCCUUCUGUGGGCACUGGUGGCAGCACCCGUACCUGACAUC